AUCAUCUCCAAGUUGGCUACUUCCUGUCCUUCUUUACGAGCGAUUUUGGAAGCAUCCAAGCUUUAGCAUUUUCUUUUUAAGCACUCUCUGAAUCGUUUGUUUCUGCCUCUGUCUGUCUACUCCUACUUCCAGUCGCCACCAACCAAGCAGCGAGGGAAAAGGAAAAGAAAAAAGAAAUCUUGGAAAGGUUAAAUCCUUGCUAGAUUUGCUCGGGAGCCGAACCCCCCUUUUGUUUCCGCCAAGAUUUCUCUUGCUCUCUGGGGUCGAGUUUGCAUUGCCGCUGCUACGAGUGUAGGAUCGGCCUCGGUAUGGUUCUGCCCCCUUCCCAGUUCGGCUCCUUUCUUGAUUCUGAGAAUUUCGCGGUCGAUAAUGGGGGGUUUCGCGUCAGCUGAUCCGAUUUCGGGCUAAUCUUUCUACCUAGGAUCCCCCCUUUCUCGAUUCCUUUCUGCUCUUGGCGUUGCUAUUGGAGUUGCCGUGCGGCAGAUUGCAGCAGCAGCAGCAGCAGCAGCACUUCGCAAGCCCCCUUCCAAAAAAAAAAAAAGAAAGAAAAAAGCUGCAAACUUUGGCUAUUUCCUCUUUCCCGGCCCAGAAAUUGCGCCAGGAAACUCCACAAAAACGUGCAACGCGUUUUGGCUGCCAUCUCAAUCCUCAUGGUUUGGCGAGGUUUUGAAGCGCAGUUCUUGUGAGUACAACUGCAAGGGGUUGGAAACUUGGAAUCGGGGAGCUCUGCUCGACCUGGGGUGGGUCUUUCUCUUCGGAGAUGGAGGGGAAUUUGCCACCAAGAACCCUGAUCCCGGGAUCCCCCUUCGAUUUGGAGGCGUCGAUGCAGCACCCACACCAGCAGCCGUUCCACUUUGCCCAUCCCCAGGUUCAAGUUCAUCAGUGCGUGUUCUCUGACCCCGCAGCGAAUCAGAUGCCGGAGUUGGGCAAUGUGGUGAAGACCUCGCUGAGCGACGAGGAGGACGGCCACGACUGCGGCAAGGCGGCGGCCUCCCAGUGGCACCGGGUGAAGUGGACCAGCGACAUGGUCAAGCUGUUGGUGUCGGCCGUGGCGUACAUCGACGAGGAUGUGGACAUGGACCACGGCACCAGUAGCGGGAGGAGGAAGCACGCCAUGCUCAAGAGGAAGGGGAAGUGGAAGCUGGUCUCCUCAGCGAUGAACAAGCGGGGUUUCGCGGUGUCGCCACAGCAGUGCGAGGACAAGUUCAAUGACCUGAACAAGAGGUAUAAGAGGCUGACCGAGAUUCUUGGCCGGGGAACAGCCUGCCAGAUCGUCGAGAACCCAGCGCUUCUUGAACGGGUGAGCCUGUCUGGAAAGCUCAAGGAGGAGGCUAAGAAGCAUCUGAGCUCCAAGCAUCUGCACUACGAGGAGAUGUGCUCCUACCACAACCGGAACAGGUUGUGCCUACUUGAUGAUCCGGUUCUUCAGAAAUCGCUGCGUUUGGCCCUGAGGUUUAGAGAUGAGCAUGGGAAGAAGAACUCAUUUGGUUUUGAUGAUGAGGAUGAUCAGAUGUUGUUUUCUGACGAUGACUAUGAAGACGAUGAGUUCAAUGAUGAUCUAGAGGUCAGUGCUGAGGAUUGUCAUCACAGAGUUCAUGGCACCAAGAAGCUGAAGCAUGAUCAUGAGGAGGCGCAUCUUUCAGAAGUUGCUGCCAUUGACAUGAAUAGACUGCUCUCUGAGGGAUCUGGCCGUUCAGCUGCUGAGAAGAAUACAAGUGCUAUGCAUGCAAUUCAAAUCGAGAAACAACGUCUGAAGAUAAAAGCUGAGAUGCUGAAAAUUGAGCAGCGGCAUUUGAAGUGGCUGAGGUUCAGCAAGGAGAAGGACAUGGAAUUGGAGAAGAUGAGGCUGGAUAACGAAAAGAUGGUGCUGGAAAAUGAACGAUUGGAGUUGGAGCUGAAACUUAAGGAAAUAAGGACAGGUAUCAAACCAAAGAGGAUUUGGUGAUUGCAGGAUGCAAAUGGUAGAACUAGAAACUCUAGAGUUGCUGGUCCAGUCGAACUGCUGCUGUCUCCGACAACUGAAAUAUAUGAUUUGCAGUUUUCACUGUUGCAGGCGAAAUGUCUCUGAAGACUGUAUUGUCAAAUGCCUCAAGAAGCGGAGUUUUGAAUUCUGACAUUUUUCUUUUUCGGUUUUUAUGCUGUCCAGGACGAAGGCAAGCUGUGCUUUCAGAAAUGUUUCUCUCCCCUGAUGUUCUAUGAUACUAUCAGUUGGAGUCGUUUACUUUUAUGCUAUAUCAACCAUCUUUUCUGGAUAUGGAUAACAUACGGGAGUACUAGCACCGGCCAUUCAUCUCUAUGAACUACCAUGCAUUCUAAUUGCUGUGCCGUGAUCAACGUAUCCUAAUGCCAGAGUGGCCUGGUACUUGCUGCUUUUCAGGUCCAACUGCUGCUAGUUGUUGGAGGAAAUGCCCUUCUCCUCGUUUAAGGCGGUAAAAAGCUGUGUGUUUAUAUUGUGAUACUUUGUGAGACUGGAGCUGUCAUUGUGUAUGUGACAAGCCUAUUCUAGUGUCUGACGCGGUAGACAGAGUGGCCUGGUACUUGCUGCUUUUCAGGUCCAACUGCUGCUAGUUGUUGGAGGAAAUGCCCUUCUCCUCGUUAAGGCGGUAAAAAGCUGUGUGUUUAUAUUGUGAUACUUUGUGAGACUGGAGCUGUCAUUGUGUAUGUGACAAGCCUAUUCUAGUGUCCGACGCGGUAGACAGAGUGGCCUGGUACUUGCUGCUUUUCAGGUCCAAUUGCUGCUUGAAAC